CGGGAUUCAGAGCGCUCAUAGCAUUCACUCAGUCAAGAGUCAAGACCCCUAGCUAAUAGCGCUAUGGCGGGGUCUCGGAAUAUUUCGUACCUGUUCUCUCGCCUCCACGGCGCAUUUUCAGCUAGUGUUACCCCGCCUAGAUUAGAGAUCAAUCGGCGAACUAUAGAAAAAACAUGGAAGUUAAUGGACAAAGUAGUAAAAUUGUGCCAAAGUCCAAAAUUGAAUUUGAAAAAUUCUCCUCCGUUCAUUCUUGAUAUUCUACCUGAUACAUACCAACAUCUACGCUUAAUAUAUUCUAAAUAUGAACAGGAACGGUUAGACGUAUUGAACGGGAAUGAAUAUUUUAAGAUAUUCCUGGAGAACCUUCAGAGGAAGUGCAAGCAAGCCAUCAAGCUAUUCAAGGAGGGGAAGGAGAAGUUGUUCGACGAGAAUUCUCACUACCGCAGAAACCUGACAAAGUUAAGCCUCGUGUUCAGCCACAUGUUGAGCGAGCUCAAGGCAGUUUUCCCGCAAGGGUUAUAUUCAGGAGAUUCAUUCAGGAUAACAAAGGGGGAUGCUGCAGAGUUCUGGAAAUCAAAUUUUGGAGAACGAACCAUUGUUCCCUGGAAAAUGUUUAGGUUAACGUUGAAUGAAGUUCACAGUAUAAGUUCUGGUUUAGAGGCGAUGGCUCUCAAGUCUACGAUCGAUCUCACCUGUAACGAUUAUAUCUCAAAUUUUGAGUUUGAUGUUUUUACAAGAUUGUUUCAACCGUGGAGUAACCUGCUCCGAAACUGGCAGAUCCUUGCUGUCACCCACCCUGGAUACGUUGCAUUCCUAACCUAUGACGAGGUUAAAGCUAGAUUACACAGACAUAUCAACAAACCUGGAAGUUACGUGUUCCGAUUGAGUUGUACCCGACUAGGACAGUGGGCAAUCGGUUAUGUAACCUCAGACGGAAACAUUCUUCAAACAAUACCUCAGAAUAAAAGCCUUUGUCAGGCCCUUUUGGAUGGAUUUAGAGAAGGAUUUUACCUUUAUCCUGAUGGUCGAAGUGUGAACCCUGAUUUAUCCUGGGCAGUUCAAGCCACACCUGAGGACCAUGUUAAGGUUACACAAGAGCAAUAUGAACUAUACUGUGAGAUGGGUUCAACCUUCCAGCUGUGCAAGAUAUGUGCAGAGAAUAGUAAAGAUAUUAGAAUAGAACCCUGUGGACAUUUACUCUGUACUCCUUGUUUAACUGCCUGGCAGGAUUCUGAAGGUGGGGGUGGAGGAUGUCCAUUCUGUCGAGCCGAGAUAAAGGGAACAGAACAAAUAGUUGUCGAUCCCUUCGAUCCCAAGCGACAUAUUACAGUGCACCACCAGGCCAACACCAAUCCAGGUUUGCUACUGGAUUGCUCCGACAUGGACGGAGAAGAAGAAGAGGACGGAGCAAAAUCUGCACAAGCUCUAGAGCGCUCAAUUCAUCACAGUAAAAAGGUUGAGAACUGGAUUAAUAAAACCAACGCAAUCUUAAACCAACCAGCUCAGGGUUCCAAUAUACUGAGUCCUACCCCUUACCUUGGUCAGCCCAUCUACUCCCCCUCCCCCUCCAGUAAGCUUCCUCUACCUACCCCACCCCCUAUACCACCUAGACGAUCUCCCCCUGCACUUCUACUCUCUAUAGAACGGAAACCCUGUGCUGUGAAUCCUUAUGUUGAAGACGACUUUGCAUCAAGCAGCGUUUCAAGUUCAAUCCCUUUAGUAACUCUUCAAGAUUGUGGAACACCUGACCCAGUUUAUGAAAACAACUCACCAGUUGGAUGUACAACUUCAAGACCCUCAUCCUCAUCGUCCUUCAUCCUCUCCCCUUCACCUUCUCAUCUUCUCCAGUCCUCAUCCUCAUCCUCCUCAUCCAACCCGUCCUCCUCCCCUCUGUACCCGACCUCCUACAGUUUACCGUCUAGUUCUCCUAUUCCUAUAUCUCAACCCUCCUUCCUAGCACCUAUCCAUGCUGAAGGUAGAUUAGCUCCGGGUGGUUCUACACUCUCUACUCUUCAACUACCAGGAUUCAACUCUUCCUUGCCUCAACCUAAUCCUUACCAGCUUGAUCUGCCUGGAAACCUGAGGAUCAACGCUCCAAGAUCACCUCGUUCUCCUAGAUCUCCAUGUUCUCGAUCCCUCUCCCCGUAUCCAUCCUACUCUGAUCCUGUAUCUCCUGCAGCUCCUCUCACCGCUACCCAGGGAUUCAAUUCCGAUCCUGUUUCUCCGCAUCCGUACUUCAACAACUUCCAUUCAUAUCAGAACACAUCUUUAAACUCUCAACACGCUCAGGGAGACGAAUCCCUGGACAGAUGUGUACAACCAGAGACAAUCUAUUAUGAAAAUGUUGACCUGUCAUUAAUUAAUACACUAUGCAGUGAAGGACAUUCUAAGAUGCCUGCUGUGCAGGCUUUGCUGAUAGCAAGAAAUGACCUCAAGAUAGCGAGAGAUAUUUUACAGGAAUAUGCAACAAAGAAGCUCUAGAAUCCUCCAGCUAAUUAUUCAAAAAUGGAUUUAGGAAGAAAAAAA